UUUUAUUACCUGAGAGAUAUCAAGUGUCGACCACAGCUCUCAUGCAAACAGUAAACUACGUCAUCUCGUCCUGUCUCUGGCUUUCGAAAUAGUGUAAAUCUCCAUGUCUGAUCGAAGCUAAGCCCGAAGCCUCUUACUCGGCAGGCAUGUUUUAAUUUAAUAACUUCAAAACCCCUUGUUUUUGCAAGGGGACACCAAAGAUUGAGAACCUAUUCUACCGGUUAUCCUAUAAAGGAAGCCUACAACACACAGGUGAUCGUGCUAGACUAAUGUAAACUGGAUGUUUCGAAAGCUUGAUAACUACUUGGCAGAAUCGUUUGGUUGAGGUGGACGAAGUAUUCAUCGCCUUUAUACGGGUUUAUACUCCCAGGUGAAGUUAAAAAUAAUAAACACAGCCCCAGAUUGUCCUGUGUUUGAGUAUCUAAAAUCGCAUGGAAUAAACUGUCGCCGGCUUCAAGUCAUUCACAAGUCGUGUGGUUACAUUACUCGCAAAGCGCGCUAGGCAUGGAUUUUCAAUGGACCAAGCUGUUGCUGUUGUACUUCUCAAUGCUAAAGCACUAUUGCGUGGGACUCCCAAGCCCUGUUGGUCUUUAUCCAUUGGACGGUGACCGCAAAGCAUCAGAUAUCAGUUGCCAUAACAACCCCGAAGGAAAGCUCUAUGCGGUAAAAGUAUCGAAAGGCCCGGGCGGACGCCCCUCGGGCGCCUACCGCUUCUCUGGGUCUAAGAACAGUUAUAUUGAGAUUCCAGGCAACAGUAUGACGGAUGUGCGAUACUCACUGACGCUCUUGGCAGAGGUGUACCACGCGGGCUAUGCUGGACCUAUCAUGGACUUCGCUACAGACGGGUUAGGGGUGAAUCUCUGGAUGACCGGCCCUGAAACACUCAACGGAAGGUUCAUCACUAGAGACGGCGUCAAUAACAUAUUCCUAAGCAGUAAUCAAAUCGGCCUACGCUAUAGCUGGCACAUUGUGGGGCUCACUUACGACUACGUUCACGGGACAGCGGAGUUGUACAUCGACGGCAAGCGCGUGCGCAGACUAUAUUUGGGGAGGUUUGAUUUGAAGACGAAGGGUUUUAUUCGCCUCGGCGCUGUUGAGCACGACGACCGUUAUUUCAAAGGGAAGAUAUCCUGCCUUCAGAUCUACGACAAAGCGUUGAGCGAGAAGGAGAUCAUAGAAGUGGCGGGGCGAUGCGCCAUGAAAGAACCAGUGAACUGCUCUGUCACCGAUCUGCCUUCUCGUGUUGAACGGCAUAUGACGUCAUCAUCCGGGAGCUUCAGUUCCCCUGGCUACCCACGUGGUUACCCAGCAGACGCUAACUGUGUGUGGACCAUCAAAGUGCCUGUCGGCAAGAGGGUGGAGGUUAUCUUCAGUAACCUCGACCUCGAGCAAGACUCAAGUUGCCCUGACAACGUGCGAGUGCUGGACGGUCUCACAAGCUGGUCCGUGGAGCUCAGGAGGUUUUGUCACUCAACCGAGGGCGCAAGCAACAGGGUGACGUCAUCAGCUAAUGGUCUGCGGAUAGAGUUCCGCAGUAACGGCUUGAUCAGCGGUAAAGGAUUCACGGCAAGCUACACAUCUCAAGACAUAGAACGCGAUGACGAAACCCUCGCCAUCGACCUGAGCAUUCACUACACAGGCAUCGUGAUCGGCGUAGCUUGCGCCGCGCUUUUUACCGUGCUGUCAAUCAUAGCUGUCAAUCACACACGCCGGCACAGACACAGUAGACGCAGCAGCACGUUCAGUGAUCGACAGAGCGAGUGUCCCUCAGAGAUGGACGUUGUACGUGAGGGUGCACCGCCAUCCUAUGAUAUAGUGAUGAGAUGCCCCGACCUCUACCCGCCCUCACCACUAAUGAGUCCCGCAAGCUCCUGUACUCCCGACAUUCAACCACGCUUUAAAGUACCAUCCCGCCCAGGGUCUAGCGCGGUGUCCCUCCUGGCGUCCUGCGCUACAUCACAACCAGGUUCACGAACAGUGUCCCCCCUUGUAUCACGUGCUUCCAGUCCUGUGCUCUCAGCCCACUCCCAGUGGAACUCAGACAUAAUUACGCCGCACGAAAACCAAUUAGCUAGCGUAAUGUCAUCCGGGAUAUUAACAUCGACGGGGCAUGGUUUGGACGACGACGAAGAUCCCCCACCCUACCCCGGCAUCGUCGUCGUACAUGGCGAUACAGUGUUCGGAUCACACCCAGAUGACGUCACAUCAACACGAUUUUCGACUCAGUCGCUUCAUACGGGCGACAUGCGUGGACUUUUUGGUUCUCGGACGGCUCGGUCCGGAAUAGGUUAUUUUCGGACACACAGUACUGACUUAUGCGGUGAUCAUAGACUUCGGGAGUAUGAAAGAGCGGCGGUUUCCAUCCCUGCCUCGGGAUCGUCUCCAGGACUUACGGUAACUCACACUUCGCUCGAGUCUCAUUCAACGAUUGAAAGUAACGAGCUUACGGAUUUGCGUGGCAGCAGCGGUAACAGCAACGACGACAUGCGCGUUGUUAUGCCCAAUCAGACGAGUGGUCGCGCGUCUCGAAGUUUAGAGAGAAGAGACUCUAGUGCUGACCGAACUUCUGACUUAUGUACAUCAGACAGAGUGUUAGAUACCUCUUUGGGAGCUUGCCGUUUAAGUGACGCUAGAGAAGAUAGUGUUUGACCUACUAAUGCAGCAGCGGAUCUAGAGGGAGGGUUUUGGGGGUUUAACCCCCCCCCCCUCCUUUGGACUGCCAGAAAGCCAUAAGUAACAAAAGAUAAUUACCCCCUCCUCCCUUUGUCACUGAGCCAAACCCCCCCUUUAGCGAAAAGCUAGACCCGCCCCUGUAAUAGACAAGCGUGACGUCAUGUCAUCCAACGUAAAAGAAAUAGUUUAACCCGCAUGCCAAGUGUGACAAAAAACUGAUUUGGCUGACUUGUUGCUUUUUGUUGCUGUUAUCUCGCGACUAAAACCCGGAUUGCACGCGCGAGUUUGGCACGUGAUCUGUUAGCGCAAGUACUUCAGUCAAUAGAAAUAGCAGAUAACAUUAUUCUUUUAUCAAGAAAUAGAAUAUAUAAUAUAAGAAUAACAGAAAGAAUAGCGUUAAAAUAUAACAUUACAAUACGGAGAGCUUUAGGAAAAUUGUCAUAAACUCUCAAAAUAAGACUCAAGAUCAGUUUUCUAUUGCAUAUAUAACUUUUUUUCUUUCUAGAAAGAAAAAAUUCGUUAUCAGAAUCUUGGAAAUUCUUCGAUAGGGUAUAGUAGAUCAAUUAAACUUUCGAAUUUAUUACCGAUAUUUGACCAGAUGCUCCAUCCAUCUCUCCAUGCAAUCAUUCCCUCGUACCAGGAGCUCAUAGACAAUUAUACAAUGCAGCUAUAGAUGCUGUGAAGAUGUGCAUAUAUUUUAAAAUACCAAAAAAACAUUUUCUAGUAGAAAAAAAAUACAUUCACAAAAAUAAAAUUUAUUAUCAGAAGUAAAUGUAUUAAAAGACAUCUUUAUUGUG